AUGACAAAGGCUGUAAUGGUGAGGUGUUACCUGCUCUGUUUACUAACGUUUGCACUGUGUUGUGCUUGUGGGUUAGUAUGGGCUGAUAGUCCUAAAGCUUCUGAUACCCUUAUUAAACCUUCCACUGUUGGUGUUCCUUCUCUUGUUCGUUAUGCUAUUCCUGCGGAUGGAGGUUGGAUAGUGGAUAUGGAUAAGGAAGAUAAAGUGGAUAUAGAUGAAGAAGAUAAAGAUAGAAGCAAUGAGGAUGGAGAAACAAGAAGAGAACAGGGGUCCGAUAAAGUAGGAAAAACAACAAUUAACAAGCCAUCAACAGUCUCUGGGCCAAUGGGAAGUGAAGGUUCUCUCAGUCCUCAAGAGAUCCCUGUUAAUUCCACAGUCCAGCAGCAACAUCCACCACCACCUCUUGCAGAUGCUCCUCUGGCUUCUUCACAUAAUGGAGCAUCCGCUGAGGGUAAACCAGGUGCUGUUGGUGUUGAUGGUCUUCCUGGUAGUCCUGGAGGUGAAAGGAGUGAUAUGUCUGAGAGUAGCAGACUGGGGAAAAGUGAUCCGUCCAUAAAAGUGCCUGAUAGUGGGCCAACACUCAUGGACCAAGGUCGAAAAAGUACUGUUAAAGAACAAGUGGAGGAAUCAACCCGUGGUGAUGAUCAAGUAACUUCUGGUACGACAGAACAUCAGGCGGAAGCAUCACAGAUAUCUGGAGAGCAACCAAAAGAAACAACACCUAAAACAGAUGGGCACCAAUCACCCAAUUCUCUCAGUCAACAGAAUACGGGUGGUUCUGGUAGUUCAGAUAACAUCAAUACCGCAGUUCAGGUUCCGGUAUCGGAUACACCUCAGAGUUCUCACGCAGAGAAUAAUGAACACGGUAAAGCUGAGAAUAAUGUUGGACAGCCUCAAAACGGUACUGGCGCAGAAUCUUCUUCUCCUUUGAAAGACGUCAACCCUUUAGGAAGUGGAUCAACGAAUAACCCAGAUGAUAUAGGUAAUACAGAUACAACCACCACAACCACAACGACAACAACACUUCCUCCUGAACUCACAAACAACAAGAAGGGUGAUGCAGACAGCAGCAGCAGUAUGAGCAGUUCUGUGUGGGUGCGUGUGCCAUUACUGAUUGUGGUUACACUGGCCUGUAUUCUUGUGUGCUGA